GCGGUGCGGCCGCGCCGGGCGGGGCUGGGGCCGGGGCCGGGGCCGUCACCGCGGCCCGCACCGAUGUGCCUGUUUGAGCACUGUGAUCCAGGUGUCUUGCAUUCAUGCAGUGUGAAGGACCUGUGAUGAGUUUGAAAACUGGACCAUCCUGGAUUAUCUGAAGGACUCCCAUGUAUGAGAUGGCUGCACCAUCUUGAGCUUCCCUCUUUCCCAUUGUGGCACCUUGCAGCUCCCACUAAACCUGUUCUUCAGUUUUGCUUAACAAAGCAAGUUUCUUCAGAAGAGGAAGAAGUGGUUUCAUUUCCAGAGAGCGUCUGUCAAUUCACAUGUCACAUCAAGAGCUCUGCUCAUUGUCCUCACGUUCUUCCUCAGAACAUGUUAUCACUCAGCUGCACGCUCCCUGUGACUGCCAUAUACUGCAAAAAGGGAUCUGACUAGUUCCUGUCCUGUUUGAAGGCCUGUGCUUGUGUGCUUCCAUUUGCCAGUUGAAAACUGUUUCUUCGCAAGUGUACUAAGAAGCAAGUGCAAGCAUUAGAGCUCUUUCAGAGAGGCAAAUGAUUUAUGCCAGCCAUGUCACUAGCUGAAUGGGUCUCACAGCCCUCUGACUCUGUGGGCCUUUGUUAGUCACACUGGGCUUUGUUGACCUGCAACGUUAAUGUUGAGCGUGUUGUGUUUUAAGGUUUUGAGGAAAAUGCAGAGACGGCAUAGCAGCAACACCGACAGCGUUCCUCCUGAAAGAAACCGGAGCCAAACAGUCAGUUCUGAAACCAGCGUGGAUGAAAGUGGAGUGUUUGAAAGUCUGAAGGCUGAAGCUUCCUCACCACAGCAGUUGUUCUCAGGCCUGGCAGGCAUCCCAUCAGGCACCAUCACAGCCACACCAUUCCAGUCAGGUUUGGUUCUGGGCUCUUCAGCAGGAGGUGGGGAAGUAUUCAUUCAGAUGCCAGCCCCAAGGGAGGAAGGGAGCAGUCGUACAGAAGGAGCCCCGUUUCACCACCGGCAGUCGACCCAUCAUUUCCACCACGGCCAUCACCGGGGUUCAUCUCUGCUGCACAUGGCAGGAGGGGACCGCCACGGGCACGCUGAGGAGGGCAGUGACGAACAAGCUGGAACUCCAGCCCCUGCUCUUUCAGAGUUAAAAGCUGUGAUUGGUUGGCUGCAGAAGGGGCUGCCUUUCAUCCUGAUCCUCCUGGCUAAAGUUUGUUUCCAGCACAAGCUGGGGAUUGCUGUGUGCAUUGGCAUGGCCAGCACAUUUGCCUAUGCCAACUCAACACUCCGGGAACAGGUUGCUCUGAAGGAGAAGAGAUCAGUGUUGGUUGUUUUCUGGAUUCUGGCCUUUCUCACUGGAAACACCUUGUACUUGCUUUACACAUUCAGCUCUCAACAGCUGUACAACAGCCUUAUAUUCCUGAAACCCAACCUUGAGAGGCUGGACUUCUUCGACCUGAUGUGGAUUGUGGGGAUUGCAGACUUUGUACUCAAGUACCUCACCAUCGCGCUGAAAUGCCUAAUUGUUGCCCUGCCUAAGAUCAUCCUGGCUGUCAAGUCAAAGGGCAAGUUUUAUCUGGUUAUUGAGGAGCUGAGCCAACUGUUCCGCUCCCUUGUCCCCAUCCAGCUAUGGUACAAAUACAUCAUGGGAGAUGAUCCAUCCAGCAGCUACUUCCUAGGUGGGAUCCUGAUCAUCCUGUAUAGCCUCUGCAAGUCUUUUGACAUCUGUGGUCGUUUGGGAAGUGUCCGGAAGGCCCUGAAGGUUCUUUGCACCCCACAGACCUAUGGAGUUCGUGCUACCAGCCAGCAGUGCAGUGAGGCAGGUGACAUCUGUGCCAUUUGCCAAGCAGAGUUCAGGGAACCUUUGAUCCUUAUGUGCCAGCACGUGUUUUGUGAAGAAUGCCUCUGCCUGUGGUUUGACAGGGAGAAGACCUGUCCUCUUUGUCGUUCUGUCACAGUGGAAACCCUGCGUUGCUGGAAAGAUGGCACCACCUCUGCUCAUUUCCAGGUGUAUUAAAGCCCAAACCUAUCUACAAAUCAAAUGUGUUUGGAGAGAAGAAAAAGCCUGAAAACCUGGUCAUCUCAUGCCCCUAUUUAUUAGCCUAUGGAUUUGUUGUCUUAGUCAUCCCUCGAGCUCUGUCUCUCCGGGAGCCAACAGAGCAAUUGUUACUACCCAGAAACUUUCUCCUCAAAGGCAAGAAAGAUGUGUUUUGUGUCUUGGCAAACUCUAUGGCUAGGCUAUAGCCAAGACUUUUUCUUGGUUAUAAACUCCCUGGGAUGUUUCUUCUUCUCCUGUCCUUUUAGUCUAGAUAAAUACUGUGUUCAUAAGGCAAAGCAUACUGUGAAUUGCAUGUGUAUAACCUGGGAAAAAGCUGUCCUCUGGCUCAGACCACUGGAGAGAUUUUUCACAUUACAUGCCCUGGCUUCCCCGAAUCUGUGACUUCACAGAAUCAUGCUGUUGCUGUUAUCUUACCUUUGAGAACUCUUCCAAAACAGUGCUUCAUAACCCUGUGUCCAAAGUUUAUUUGGAGUUGGAGAAAGCUCAUUUCCCAGCAGCUGUGUUUUUGCACUUGAUCCCUCAAAUCGCAUGUGUUGCCAUGUGAUUGCAGUCGAAAGGAACAUGGGAAAGGCCAUGCUAGUGAAGCUGGAAAUGGCAAUUGCUUUUCUUGGGAAUGUUUUUCCUCUAAUUUCCAUGAUCAGACUUUCUGAUUUGUAGCAUAUGGGGAGAACAGUGGGAGGGAGGAAGGGAUUAAAGUCAAGUUUUAUUUGUCUAGGUGAAAAGUUAAGGUCCUAACCAAGAGCAUCGCACAAAUUCUGGUACCUCUGCACCGUACUUCUCAGUGUGGCCACUUGAGACCAGGUUUAAUGGCUUUAAAACCAGCACCACUCCACAUCCAGAAGCUGCCUGGAUCUGACACCAGUAAGAAUAUGCUCUGGUAGCACGGAGCCUGUACAACACUGCUAAUACCAGAAUUGCUGGGGCGUCAGCCACCCUGGAGAGACUAGGUUUAGUAAGACUUUGGUAGCUUGGGGGCAGAAUUAUGCAGAAACAGCUGCAUUGCUCCAGGAGCCAGCCUGGUGUAUACACAAGCUGGAUAAUCCACCUGUGAUGCUGGAGACUUGAUUGUAAGCUCAGCUUCAGAAAAAAAGCUCUUGGAGGAGAUAACGUGUAUUGUUCACAGGAGAAUUAACAUCCUUCCUGUUGCUGCAGUUCCCAUCUCUGCUGAGGGUGCUAGGUGCUAGUGCUGAGGGUGGCCUUGCAUUCAAAUGGAGUUGCUGUUUGUUCACUAGAGCUUUCUCUUUCACUAAACAGCCUCUGCUUUUUGCUUUGCCCCAGAGAAAGUGCCUCAUUAAGCAAUUGUGGCAUCUUCCAUGCUCAUUACUAUGGAAAUGGCCGUAAGGUUACAAUCCCACUCGAGUGGAUAAUCAGGAAGAACUGUACCUGGGGGAAAAGAGCCUGUGUGUGUGUACUGACUGCUGCCUUCCCCUCCUGCAGAGAAACUCCACAGGGAAAAGAAUUAAAGCAAACAGGAGCUAAUGGUAACAGGAUUAAGGCUCAACGUUUCUUUGGAAAUAAUAGUUCAGUAUGGCUAGAGGAAACGUGAGGGGAGGCAGAGCCUAAGCAGGGAUGGUAGUCCAUGUCUGGCUUGGGAGAUACAGGGGAGGUGAGGAGGAAAGGCUUUACUUUCCCAAACAAAGUGUCAAAUGGAUCCCAUGGAAGUGGAGAACUAAGCCAAGGAAUCCAGUGGCUGUCUCCAAUGGGGUCUGGGGAAGAGAGUUAAAGGAGGAAGGGAGCAAGGUACUCAGGGGGUGUGAAAAAUGUUGUUAUGGGCAGCAGUCUGGUAUAUUCACCAGGAAAAGGGCAAACUACUGAUUCUGUGGCAGGCCAUUUAGGAAUGGAUUCAGCAUCAGUUUUCAGUGCAAUGCCAAAUAAUUAAAGGGUUGGUGGUAGCUGCUUUCAAAAUGUUUGAAAAGCCACUUCAAAUUCUGAUUCUGAUAUGUCACCAUGAGCCCAACACUCCAGACAGCAUUUGAUUCACUGUUUCAAAAUUACUCUGUUUUGCUUGGUGAUAGGGCAGGCAAUCCAAGGGAAUGCAUGGGGAAUAUUUUUUGCCAUUCUUAUCGUCCUUCUUUCUAUUUCCUUUUUAUUUUUCUCUUUAUUGAAUGCUCUUUCCCAGUUAUCAGUGUAAGAAAGAAGGGACUAUCAUCACCAUACACUUGAAGCACUUUGCAACAGCCCAAGGACUCAGAAAGAUCCCACAGUAAGACAUCAUACCAGCACACAGUGGAGGAGUUGCUGUGUACCUCGGCUGGUUUUGGUACCCAUGUGACAACCCUGGCACCACCAUCAUCAUUUUUGAAGAACAUCUAAUGAUUCCUUUUUCUUUUGCUUCACCUCAGCGAUUCCCUUCUUGAGUUUUGGUUUCCCUCACUAUUACAAGGCAACAUUCUGGUUCCUGCACAGAACUCUGGCUCUUCUAGUGCUGUGCUUCAGUGGUGUCAGACACGUGUGUGCAGGUAACUCAUUGCAGGUCUCCAGGGCAGUUGUUUGGGUAACAUUUGAGGCAGAGACCCUGCUGCAGUGAUGAAGUGCAGCACUGUGAUCUGUACACGAGGCCUUCACCAAGGGAAAAGCCUGUAUCUGAGAGGGUGUGGGGGGCUGAGGCCAAUUCUCUGUUAAAAUUUAUCAUAGAAUUGCUUGGGUUGGCAAAGCCCUUCCAGCUCCUGCAGUCCCAGCCCUCCCCUCGCGCAGCCCAGCACUACCCCAUGGCCCUCAGCCCCAGGGCUUUGGGAUCCCUCCAGGGCUGGGCACUGCCCCAGCUCCCUGGGCAGCCUGGCACAGGGGCUGACACCCCUCUCAGGGAAACAGUUCUGCCUCAGCUCCAGCCUCAACCUCCCCUGGGGCAGCUUGAGCCCAUUUCCUCAUGUCCAAUCAGUCAUUACUUGGGAGCAGAGACUGACUCCCAGCUCCCUGCAGCCUCCUGUCAGGGAGUGUCAGAGAGUGCUCCUGUCUCUCCUCAGCCUCCUCUUCUCCAGGCUCAACACCCCCAUUCCCUCAGCCCCUCCCCAGCACCCGUGUGCUCCAGCCCCUUCCCCAGCUCUGGACUUGCUCCAAGGCUAAAUAAAGGUGAAAUUUUAUGCUGUGGGUAUUUAUUCUACUAGAAGCAUAACAAGGAUCAUCCUAAAUCCUGCAAGAUUAAGAAUUCACUACAGGCCACAGUUACCUAGAUGUUAAAUUAAACCCACAUCCUUCAGUCCCUAUUCUUCUGGCCUGUAAAAGAAUGGCUCUGUGCUGUCAGAGCACAGUCUGUCAAACCUUCCCUCCUGGUGUCUGUUGUGGUGACAGUUUUGUGAGACAAGAUGAUUCUGCCCUCUCCUAGAACAAGGGCCAGAAAACAGAGAGGGGAAACUUCAGUUCUCAUGACAAUGAAUGAGAAACCUCUGUUGAUUUCCAUAGGAAAACCAUUAGGCUUGUGGAUAUAAAUGAUUCUC